GAGAAGAGAAAGGGUCCCAUGAUCUCUGCCGGUGAUGCUGAGUUCCCUCGGGACUACCACACCCUCGCCGGGAGCCGUGGGGCCCGGCGCUUCCCAGUCGACUCCAAUGGGGGGUUCACGUCGUCCUCGCUGGACCGACGCCACAACUCGGUGGCCGCCAAGAGCCUGGAGGCGCUGAACAGCAUCCACAAGGCGGACAUCGAGCGGCAGCGGGACGCCCUGGUGGACCUGCAGAAGAACAAGUUCUCCCACAGCCCGGGCAGCAUGUCGCAGGGCUCGCCCUCCGCUGGACGACAGCAACAGCCAAACUACUGGAGCUUCAAGACUCGAACGCCCCGUGUGACGCGCCUCAGCCCGACUCAGCCGGCGCUCGCUGACCAGGCCAACCGGGUUUCCUUCGCCUCGGCCGAACAUCUGGAAACCAUGUCGGAGCCGGACGUCCCCAUCGGCUUCAACCGCAUGAACCGGCUGCGUCAGAGCCUCCCGCUGGCUCGCUCGUCCAGCCAGGCCAAGCUGCGGGCGCCAGGGAUCUUGUUCCUCCAGCUCGGGGAGGAGACUCGUCGGGUCCAUCUGACCCACGAGCUGACGAGCCUGGAGACUCUGAGGGCGCUCAUCGUGCACAUGUUCCCCCAGAGGCUCACCAUGGCCAUGCUCAGGUCUCCCAGCACGGCGCUGCUGAUCAAAGACGAGACCCGGAACAUCUUCUACGAGCUGGAGGACCCGCGGGACGUCCAGGACCGCUGCGUCAUCAAGAUCUACUGCAAGGAGCCGGUGUACGGCAGCUACCCGGGCCAGCACCCCCCCCACCUGGCCAACGGAGACCUGCGGAGGGAGAUGGUUUACGCACCUCAGGAUUCUCCACCCAACCGUCGCCUCGGCAACCAGCCGCUGUCCUCCCAGCACUCGCCCGCCUCCGCCUCCCCCCCCCAGGGCUCGCCGUCCCGGGCCCGCCUCCUCUACAGCGGCGGCGGCCGGCCUUCGUCCUACGCUGGUCCCGCCCACCACACCCACUCCCUGCCACACCCCCACUCCCAGUCCCACCACUCCUCCCCCCACCAGCAGCACCACCAGCAGCAGCAGCACCAGCAGCUCCACCAGUACCCCCAGAACCCCCCCCACCACCCCCAGCAGGCCUUCUGCGCCUCCUCCUCCAGCGCCAUCCUGGAGCGCCGGGACGUGAAGCCGGACGACGAAGUGGGCGGGUCCAGGACCAUGGUGCUGCUGCGGGGGGACGACCGUGGUGGGGGGGGGAUCUACGCCGACCCCUACUCUCUGGGUCCGGAGGCGAGUCGGCUCAGUCUCGCCGGGGGUCCUCACUCGCCCCUCCCGGCCCGGGCCGACCCGUACGGCUCCUUGUACCGCCGUGGAGGAGGCGGCGGUGGCGGGGGGGCGGGGUCAGUGCGUUCUCUCACCUCCUAUUCAGCCGCCGCUCUCCAGGGGGAGCUGAUGGAGAGUGGCGUCCUCUACAGGCCGGGGGGGCCGCUCUACAACGACGCCUACGCCGCGUCCGUGCUGGCCAUGGGGCUGCGGGUGCCCCCCCCCUCCUCGCCACAGAAGACCCCCGACAUGAGGGACCCCUACGGCGGCACGCUGCCGGGCCGCGGCUCCCCCGGCCGGCAGAGCCUGAGGCGGGACUCGGUGGCGUCCUCUGUGUUCGGGGACAGUCCCAAGGCCCGGGGGGGGGGCGGGGCCUCGGGUCUGACCUCCGAGCAGCUCUGCCUGAUGGCCGGGCCCGGUGGCGAGGGGGGGGGCGCCGGGGGCUUCGGCUCGCCGCUGCUGGGGAACGAGACGGAGACCAGGGAGCGAAUGGAAGCCAUGGAGAAGCAGAUCGCCAGCCUGACCGGGCUGCUGCAGAGAGUCCUGAGCCGGGCGCCGGAGGCCGAGAGCCCGGAGAAGAUGGAGUCGGCCAGCGACUGCUCGGGAACUGACACCGGACGAACUAAAAAAAAGAAAGCUCCGCCUCCUUCUGCUCCUCUGGCCCUGAUGCCUCCUCCUCCCUCGUCCGGCGCCCACCAGCCGGUGCCGGUGUCUCGUCUCCAGAUGCAGCUCCACCUGCAGGGCCUGCAGCAGAACACCAACGCUCUGCGCAGACAGCUGUCGCAGCUGCGCAACAUGCAGCUGGAGAACCAGGACUCGGUCCUGACGCUGCUGAGGCAGACGGAGGCGGAGCUGAGCCUCAUGAUGCUGGACGCCAUGCGCACUCAGGAGGACCCGCUCCAGAGACAGCGCCUCCUGGUGGAGGAGGAGAGACUCAAGUACCUGAACCAGGAGGAGCUGCUCAUCCAGCAGCUGCACGACCUGGAGAAAUCUGUGGAGGAGCUGCAGAGGAACUCGUCCAUCAACCACGGCCUGGUGACGGAGCAGGACGUGGAGCAGAAGAGCAAAGAGCUGAGGAUUCUGGGAGAAACCAUCAGUGAUCUGAAGAACCAGUUCCCCAGCCUGCAGAGUAAGAUGCGGGUGGUGCUGAGGGUGGAGGUGGAGGCGGUGAAGUUCCUGAAGGAGGAGCCUCACCGGCUGGACGCGCUGCUGAAGCGCUGCGGCGCCAUGACGGACGCGCUCAGCUCGCUGCGCAGACAAGUCACCGAGGGCGUGUGGCAGAACGCCGACGACCUCCCCGGCCACGGCAAGCGAGCGGAGGAGCUGGACAUCCUGAACAGCCCCCCCCUCAGCCUCAGCGACGGCCUGGCCAACUGGAUGCCGGCGCCCGACCCGGACGCCGCGGGCCACGAGCAGGACGCCCAGCCCGCCAUGAGCUUCAGGAGCCGAGUCCUGGACGACCUGCCGACAAGGCGUCCUGGGGACAAGUCCGUGUCCGCUGAAGUCCGACUGGCGGCCGAGCGCGACUGGGAGGAGAAGCGAGCCAGCUUGACCCAGUUCAGCGCCCAGGACAUAAACCGGCUGCUGGAGGAGACGCAGGCCGAGCUGAUGAAGGCCAUCCCCGACCUCGACUUCGCUGCCAAGCACAUCCACAAGCCGGCCGUGCCCCCCAAGCCCCAGAUCACCAACCCAAUCACAUCCACCACGGCUGCUUCAGCUGCGGCCGCUUCCGCCGGCGCCACGGCCACGCCCACGGCGACCACGACGCCCGGCGGCGACCAGCAGCCCGGCAAAGUGCAGCUGGCGGCCCAGAAGCUGAACAGCAUGGAGGGGGGCGGUUCUCAUCGGGGGUCCGUCGACCUCAACGCCGCUCGGUACCGAACGGAGAAAUCCUCCAAGUCUCCGCCGCCGCCGCCCCCCCGACGCAGCUUCCCCUCAGCACACGGCCUCACCACCACCCGCACCGGGGAGGUCAUCGUCACCGCCAAGAACCUGAGGAUGGAGGACGACGGCGACAUCGCCAAAACUCUGGUGAAGCUGAGGCGGACGCCGUCGGACACGCCCCGCCCGGCGUCCACGCCCCCUGUGAUCGCGGCGUCUGGGAUUCAGGACGAGGACGACGAGGAGCGGAUCAUCGCCGAGCUGGAGAACAGCAGCAGCUCCCCGGGGCCGACGAAGGGCUUCACCGUGGCCGCCCGGCUCAAGCACCUCCAGCAGGGCAGCCUGGAGCGGCCCAAAGCCCGCAAGCAGAAAGAGGAUUUCCCCAAAGUCCAGGGCCAGCAGCAGGUAUUCCACUUCUAA